UCAAUGUCAUUGUGCUGUCAGUUUAUCAAUACAAAAAUACAAAUAGAAUUUUGGUUUUGUUUUUAAUGUUGUCUGGAAAGACGUUUAUAUUUCACCAUGGGUGACAAGGAAGGACCCAUCUUGUACGUUAUUGUUGUUGGUUUUCAUCAUAAAAAAGGAUGUCAGGUGGAAUUCUCGUAUCCAGAACUUGUGCCAGGUCACCCAAACGAAUGCCCACCUGGAUGGAAAUACUUACCAACUCUGGCUCUGCCAGAUGGAUCCCAUAAUUAUGAUAAUGACACAGUUUUCUUUCAUUUACCAAGUUCAGCUAAGCCGCAACAAACUAUUUAUGGUAUAUCAUGCUUCCGCCAAAUUCCAGUAGAGAAAAUAAAAAAUCGUACCUCGGAUAUUACGAGAGGUACCGUGCAGAAAUCAGUUUGUGUACUAAGCAAAAUUCCUUUGUACGGACAAAUACAGGUUAAAAUGUGUCUUAUAACUCACGCUUACUUCGAUGAAGGUGAUUUUAGCAAGGUUUCUAUAUUAGAGGACACCUAUCAUCAUCUGAAUGCUGUUAUGAUGCAAAAUGAUACCCUACAUCAAACUUUUGUUGGACUUUCGGCAAGAGACUUUAUCUUACAAUGGAAACAUAAAGCAGUGUUACUAUUUAAAUUAUUACUUCUAGAGAAAAGGGUUGUUUUUUACAAGUCCCCAGUACAUCCACUAUGUUCUACAAUAUUAUCGCUCAUAUCUCUGUUUCCCGAAAUGAUAGAAGUUGGUUUAAAUCAGUCUGCUUGCAUAAGGUUGUCACGACCUAUGUCACCAAUGCCAGAAUAUUCUGAUGACGAUUUAAGCCCCAUAGAGAAUAAACUCACAAAUGGAGACUUUGAAACUAAAAAAAUUAGAGAAGAGAAAGGUAUGACCGACAGUGAACAAACGGAAGAAACGAAAGAAAAAUCGGUCAAAAAGGAGGAUCGCACUAAUACUGAUCAAACCACUGACCCUGCUUUUAUAAAUGGAAAUUGUACUGAAGUUGGGGUGGAAUUAACUGAAUCAGGAAACAUAGAAGCUAAAGAGGGUAGUCCAGAAAAUGGAAUUGCAAGUAUUGGAGAAAAAAGUAACAGUCUGCACAGGGAAACAAGUUCUGAUACAAUAUCGGACACUGUUCAAAACAAUAUGACGUACCUGGCACAUCUGAGCACACAAACUUGCGGUUUCCCCUUAGCUAUUUUCACCAAAGGUUCUUUAUGUCUGCCUUAUCUCUCCCUGCCAUACUUAGACCUUCUAUCUGACGUAAACGUACGUAGCUACGUUGUUGGUGCUACCAACAUUCUUUUCAAACAAAAGCGGCAAUUGUAUGACAUACUAGUCGACAUCGACAGUAACAGGAUAGAAUGCCAAGAUAUUAAUCUGAGGAAGAAUUUACAUUUGACGACAGAAGAUCUGAGAUUUGCUGAUUAUGUGGUGAAGCACGUGUCGGAAGAGCGUCACGAAGUUUUUCUGGAUGGUGUGAGAUGGGAAGGCGGAGACGAGUGGAUUAGGACGCAGUUUAGGAUUUAUUUGUUGUGUUUGCUGAGAACGUCAAUGUUGCCAGAUGGCUCGAGAGAGAUAGACAACUUCAAUGCCAACUUUAUAACGGCCUGGAGAGACACACACAACUAUAAAAUUUGGUUAAGUGGGGUCAACCCUGGGAUUUUGGAUGUCCAUCCUGGUCAUCCGUUUGCUGGACAGCUCUCUGUUGCUGAUAUGAGAUUGAGAUUGUCACACACGAUGCAGAAUACAGAGAGUGGCAGAAAAAUUAAUCAAGCCAUGGCAUCUACUGGAAAAGCAGUUGUUACUACAAGUAAAGCAGUUGGUGGAGCAUUUUCUCAGGCCAAGGGAGCUUUCUCCAGUUGGUGGAGCAACUUCCUGGUUAGUCCGGAGCCAGGUCAGAAAGCCCCGGAAUCUCCACCCAUCGAUGCAGCUUGUGUUGAAGAGGCCAACAUCGAUCCAAUUGACAAUCUCACCGACAUUCCCAAAAGUAUUAAUAGCGAUAAGGACAAGGAGAAUUUGAGCAAUGGUAAUGUGAUCGAAGGCAAAGAGAUAUGCGAAGUUAAUGGAUUGGAUCUUCAAAACCACCAACCCGGAGAAGUACACACUGUUUAAAUUAAGUAUUAAAUUAGAGUUGAUUGUUGACAUUAAGUAUUUUUCGCAGGCGGUCAAGUAGUGAAGGCGUUUGGCAGCUCGAAUUUAUGUUUCUAGGUGUAUUCUUUAUGCCCUUUAUAGUGCCGGAAGAAAAUAUUUAUUUUGGUAGCGUUGAAAUGGAGGCAAGUAUUCUUUACUGCUGCCGAGAUAAGUGACUUAAAUGCACAAACAAAUAUAGAGAUUACAUAGGAAAAAUCGAAGAAAGCUGAGACUUUAUUAUUUAUUUUUAAUUCGUGGUUUUGUUACAUUUUUGUCAAAAUGUUU